AUGAGCCUGGAGCGUGCAGAAGGAGGUGAGAGGGAGACGUCAGCUUUUCUGGGCCCGGAAGUAUUUGAAGAGAAGCUGGCCGCCCUCCUCGCCUCCAAGAAAAAACUCGACACCUCAUUCUACAUCACGAGAGCGAAAUAUGACGAGUUUCUGCGGGACACGAAGGCAGCCGAAGAGAAGGAGAGUGGGUUAACUUCUCUCGACGGCCACCGACUCGACCGUUUCGCGGUGGUGAAGUUCCCGGGCCAGCCGGAGAAGCUCGUCGAUGGAACGAAGAGGAAGAAGGGGCAACCGCCUCCUCCACCACAAGCCAAGCCGAUCUUCUUCGUGGCCGUCGAUGAGCUACACGACGUCCUGCGGCAGGCGCAUAACAACAUCGGUCACGGGGGUAAGCACAGGAUGGUGGCAGAGCUCAAGGGGAAGUACAAGAACGCGACAGAAGAGGUGAUCCUUUUGUACUUAAGUCUCUGCCCCACCUGCAUCACGAAGAGAAACCCCGUGAGGAGAGGGAACACCGUCUGCCCAAUGGUGUUCCUCCAGAUGAAUGGCAGGAUGCAAGUCGAUCUGGUCGACAUGCAGUGA